UUGUACAGUGUUGUGGGUGCAGUAUUUGUUUCUGUAAUGUUGGUGAAAAAUUAAUUUAAUUAAUAAAUAAAAGUGAAGAAUUUUAAAAAGACAUGAAAACCAAAAAUAAACGCAUUUACAAGUAUGCUGCCAUCAUAGGAGUUAUAUUUCUACUUGAUUUUCUGGGUAUUUUUACUCACCUUUUCGAAUUGCAAUAUGAUAAAUACUUCCACUAUCCCAUGGAGGGAAAUGUUUUAAAAUAUGCCCAAGCUAUGCGGGAAAAGCGAACACAGUUAGAAGACGGUGAACUUGUGCCAAAGCCUAUAAAUUUUUAUAAUUAUACAUAUUUACAUCAACGACGUUGUGAUUUGGUCAAGGCGGAGAAACCACAACUGACGCUACUGAUAAAAUCGGCAUUGCCUAAUACAAAGAGACGCGAUGCCAUUAGACGUACCUGGGGUUAUGAACAACGUUUUUCCGAUGUUCAUGUAAGAAGAGUAUUUCUGUUGGGUGCCAGUACAAGCAGUUCCUUGAUGGAUAUUGCAGACUCGGAGGCACGACAGUAUGGCGAUAUAGUACAAUCAGAUUUUAUAGAUGCUUAUUUUAAUAAUACCAUUAAGACUAUGAUGGGUCUCAAGUGGGUGGUGGAACAGUGCCAAAAGGCUCAAUACUAUAUGUUUGUCGAUGACGACUAUUAUGUAUCAAUGAAGAAUGUUUUACGUUUCAUAGCCCAUCCUACUCUCUAUCCCGAGAAUGCUGUCUCUCUGAAUAGCAUGUGGGUGCAUAAGGCUAAAGUACAACAUGAAAGACUUUUUGGAGGAUUUGUUUUUCAGACACGUCCAUUACGUCAUAAAUUUAGUAAAUGGCAUGUUACUCUCAAAGAGUAUCCGUUUAAUAAGUGGCCUCCCUAUGUAACGGCGGGUGCUUUUAUUUUAUCUCGUGCGGCAGCCAUUGAUCUUUACUAUGUUAGUCAGUAUACAAAACAUUUUCGUUUUGAUGAUAUUUACUUGGGUUUGGUGGCAUUAAAGGCUGGUAUUAGUUUAACUCAUUGCGGUAACUUUCAUUUUCAUCGUCCCCGUUAUAGCGGUCCCGAUAGUUAUCGUUUUGUUAUAGCUUCUCAUGAAUUUGAUGAUAGUGUUGAAAUGGAAAGAACCUGGAAUGCAUGUCGUUCGGCAAAUUAUGCUUAAGAAGGAGGAGUAGCGUUUAAUUAAAGACAAUAUAAUAUAAUAAAACAAGAAAUAUUUUAUGAAUCUAUCAUAUCAUCAGAAAAGUGUAAAAAG